AUCACGCACGCUUGUUCGGGUGGAAUGUGACGCCAAAGCUCCCUGGGUGAAGUCUCACGGAGUAAAACAACGGCCAUUUUUCUCCAUGUAUAGCAGGGCACUGUGUGCUUGGGUAGUAUCACUGAGCGUGUUGCUAUCACUUUGAGAAGCCAACAACUUUUGGCAAGUUUAAUAUUAUCAUCCAAGUGUCAAAACUUACUACGAACUGGUCACAAAGCAUGUUUGUGUUUACCGCAGCAAAGUUUUUUCGCUGACAUCCUUGUCCGGAUAGAUACUUGCCUAAACUGUCGCACAAAUGGAAAUGGUGCCUAACGAGGAGAACCAGUUCGUACCCCAAGAGGAUGUGUUUCGGCGUUGCAGACAGAAUAUGUUUGAUGAAAUCAAGAGGAUUUCUCAGAUCCAAAAUGCAGCGGAAGAGCCCAGAGUGCUCUGUAUCAUCCAGGACAUCACCAGUGCAAAGACGAUCAAUGAGAGGCUGACCCUCAACCUGCCUGCUUCCACCUCGCUCUCCAAACUCUAUGACGAUGUCGCCCACAAAGCGAGAUACGUGAAAGACACUUUUGACCUUGCCUGGAGAAAUGCACCUGACAUGGCGCCACUAGACCACAGCAGUGAGGUGACCCUCUCAGAUUCUGGUUUUGAGCCUGGUGGUAAGAAAAAUUUCCUCCAGCUCACAGAUAAAGAUGGAGAGCAGCCCCAGAUGGCAUCGGAUGAGUCAGGAACAGCAGAUAGCAGUGGACUCGAUGACAGCUCUCAAGAGCGGUUUAUUGGGCCACUGCCUAGAGACAGUGCUGCAGGCAGCAGUGGUGACUACAGUAGUCCAUCCUACUCCUACUCGUCCAUCCUCAACAAAUCUGAAACCGGUUACGUGGGCUUGGUCAACCAAGCGAUGACCUGCUAUCUGAACAGUCUUCUACAAACGCUGUUCAUGACCCCAGAGUUCAGAAAUGCACUUUACAACUGGGAGUUUGAGGAGACUGAAGAGGAUCCAGUCACUAGUAUACCACACCAGUUGCAAAGGCUGUUUGUUCUGCUGCAGACUAGUAAGAAACGGGCAAUCGAGACCACUGAUGUGACACGGAGCUUCGGCUGGGACAGCAGCGAAGCUUGGCAGCAGCAUGACGUCCAGGAGCUGUGCAGGGUCAUGUUUGAUGCCCUGGAGCAGAAGUGGAAGCAGACGGAGCAGGCUGACUUGAUCAACCAGCUGUACCAAGGGAAGCUGAAGGAUUAUGUCCGUUGUCUGGAGUGUGGCUAUGAGAGCUGGAGGAUUGAUACUUACCUGGACAUUCCUCUUGUAAUCAGACCCUUUGGAGCCAGCCAGGCCUACGGCAGUGUGGAAGAGGCUUUGCAGGCAUUCAUCCAACCAGAAACUCUUGAUGGGCCCAACCAGUACUUCUGUGAACGCUGCAAAAAGAAAUGUGACGCCCGCAAGGGUCUGAGAUUUCUGCACUUCCCCUACCUGCUGACACUGCAGCUGAAACGGUUUGAUUUUGACUACACCACCAUGCAUCGCAUCAAGCUUAAUGACCGAAUGACUUUCCCAGAGGAGCUGGAUAUGAGUCCAUUCAUCGACGUGGAAGAUGAGAAGUCCCCUCAGACAGAGAGCUGCACUGACAGCGGAGCAGAGAAUGAAGGCAGUUGCCACAGCGACCAGAUGAGCAACGAUUUUUCCACCGAUGAUUGUGUAGAUGAAGGCAUCUGCUUGGACAGCACUGGCAGCACAGAGAGGGCAUUGAAGCCAAAGAGCUUGCCAAUCUUUGAGCUGUUCUCCGUCAUGGUACAUUCUGGGAGCGCUGCAGGUGGUCACUACUACGCCUGCAUCAAAUCCUUCAGUGAUGGCCAGUGGUACAGCUUCAACGAUCAGCACGUUAGCAAGAUCACCCAAGAUGAUAUCAGGAAGACGUACGGGGGAUCCUCAGGCAGCAGAGGCUACUAUUCCAGUGCCUUUGCGAGCUCUACAAAUGCAUAUAUGCUGAUUUAUAGAUUGAAGGAUCCCUCAAGGAAUGCAAAGUAUUUGGCUGGGGAAGAGUUCCCAGAGCACAUAAAGAGUUUGGUUCAGAAGGAGAAAGAGUCUGAAGAGCAGGAAAAGAGACAGCGGGAGAUUGAGCGCAACACUUGCAAGAUAAAGCUUUUCUGCAUGCAUCCUGUAAAGAUGAUGAUGGAGAGCAAGCUGGAAGUACACAAAGACAAAACUCUUCAAGAAGCAACAGAAAUGGCCUACAAGAUGAUGGAGCUUGAGGGAGUGGCGUCUCUGGACUGCUGCCGCUUGGUGAAGUACGAUGAGUUUCACGAGUACCUGGAGCGCUCCUAUGAGGGUGAGGAGGACACGCCGAUGGGUCUGCUGCUUGGAGGGGUCAAGUCCUCGUACAUGUUCGACCUGCUGCUUGAGAGCCGCAAACCGGAGCAGGUGUUCCAGCCCUACAAACCUGGAGAGGUGAUGGUGAAGGUUCAUGUUGUGGAUCUGAAGAAGGAGACCAUCGCCAGUCCAAUCAGUGUUCGGGCGUACUUGAACCAAACGAUAUCUGAAUUCAAACAGCUUAUUGCACAGGCUACAGCGCUUUCUUCAGAAAGCAUGCGUGUGGUCCUGGAGCGCUGCUAUAAUGACCUCCGGCUCCUGUAUGUUCCCAGCAAGACCCUGAAAGCUGAGGGGUUCUUCAGGAGUAACAAGGUCUUUGUGGAGAGCUCCGAGUCGGCUGAUCAUCAAGUUGCUUUCACUGAAUCGCUCUUGUGGAAACUGUUGGAUCGUCACGGCAAUACGAUCCGCCUCUUGGUCUUACUCCCCGAACAGUCUCCUGGCUCCUUGGCCAACAGGACUCUUGGCCAAAAAGUAGUAGGUGACUCGGAUGUGCCCGUAGAGGGCGCAAAGGCUAACGGCAAAUCUGUAGAGGCGAUCCUUGAGGAAAGCACAGAAAAGUUAAAGAAUCUGUCUCUGCAACAGCAGCAGGCCUCCAGCACUAGUGACAGCCAGAAAAGCUCUGACGCCAGCGACAUUGAACCCAUCGAAUCCCCGACCCGAGAGGCCGACUCUUCCCUCUGUGUGGCUGCAGACAACAGAGAGUUAGAGAACCGGAUCGGAGCCACAGCCGGGGGCAGCAGCGGCACCUCAUCCGACCCCGAGAACCACUUUGCCUGCGAGGAGCGCUCGGACUCUGAGGUGAACAACGACCGUAGCACCAGCUCAGUGGACAGCGACAUCCUAAGCUCCAGUCACAGUAGUGACACCCUGUGCAAUGCAGACAGCGGUCCCAUACAGCUGGCUAACGGCUUGGACUCGCACAGCAUCACGAGUAGCCGCCGCUCAAAAGCCCACGAGGGGAAAAAGGAGACCUGGGACACUGCUGAAGAGGACUCUGGGACAGACAGCGAGUACGACGACAAUGGGAAGAGCAAGGCAGAGGCCCAGUACCUGUACUUCAAAGCAGAGCCUUGUUCUCAAGAUGACUCCUCAUCAAACGCACAAAAAUGUUUAAUCGUUCACGUGGACAAGAGAAUAACUCUAGCAGCAUUUAAACUGAACCUGGAGCCGUAUGUGGGAGUCACCGCUACCCAGUUCAAGGUGUUUCGUGUAUACGCCAACAACCAGGAGUUUGAGAGCGUCCGGCUCAAUGAAACGCUCUCAUCAUUCUCCGACGAUAACAAGAUAACAAUUCGAUUGGGAAGAGCACUGAAAAAGGGUGAAUACAGAGUGAAGGUGUAUCAACUGCUAGUGAAUGAAGCAGAGCCCUGCAAGUUCCUCGUGGACACGGUGUUUGCCAAGGGCAUGACCGUCAGACAGUCGAAAGUGGAGCUGCUCCCUCAGAUGAAAGAGCAGUGCAAGCUCGACCUCGACAUUGACAGUGUUCGACUCAGGAAAAAGACGUGGAAGAACCCAGGCACGGUGUUUCUGGAUUAUCAUGUCUAUGAAGAAGACAUCAGCAUCUCCUCCAACUGGGAAGUUUUCCUGGAAAUUCUCAACGAACCGGAGAAGAUGAAGUCCAUGUCGCAGCUGGCUGUCCUCACCCGGAGAUGGAGCCCCGCUACAAUGAAGCUUGGUCCCUUCCAGGAAGUUAUUCUGGAGAGCAGCAGCGUAGAAGAACUCAAGGAGAAGCUUAGCGAAAUCAGCAAUAUUCCUCUCGAAAACCUGGACUUUGCAAAGGGGAGAGGAACAUUUCCUUGUGAUAUUUCUGUGUUGGAGAUCCAUCAGGAUUUGGACUGGAACCCUAAGGUGUUGACCCUUAACGUGUGGCCUCUGUACAUCUGUGACGACGGAGCUGUGGUAUUCUACAGGGACAGCACGGAGGACCCGAUGGACCUGUCGGACGAGGAGCGCAGUGAGCUGAUGAAGAAGGAGAGCAGCCGUCUGCUUAAGACCGGACACCGUGUCAGCUACUCGCCGCGCAAGGAGAAGGCCCUCAAGAUCUACCUGGACGGAGGCCCGGCCAAGGACCCGGGGCAGGACUGAGUUGCUGAGCGCCACUCCUCGCUAUCUGGAUCGCGUGGCUGCUGCAGCAGAGCAUCCAGGCUACGGGACUCUGUGUGAGUGUCCGGCCUGGACGGGGACUUGAACAUCAAGCAGCGGCUCUCAUGCUCCACCCUGAGCCCAAGGACUGGCUCCGAAACCCUGUUGUGCACUAUAGUGAAUUGUACUGUAAAGUUUAAAGGGAAGUACAAAAGCUAUUGAAUACAGAAAAAAAAAAAAAUCAAAUACUGGAUAGACCAAUCAAUUGCUCGUUAAAAGCUCCAGAGAUGGAUGCAGAGAUGUUAGGACUGUGAAAUUGGCUAGAAAGCAUCCAUCCUGUCUAUCGAAAUAU